UUUUUAUGUAGCAAGCAUUGAUGCCUAAUAUGGCAAUCAUCUAUGUAAAGUUUGAACGGAUAUUUUAUAUUCUUCGAGUGUUUGGAACCUUUACGAAUAUAUGGCCUGCACGUCCGAAUAUUAAAAAAAACGAACUUUUUCUUCGUGAUCUUUAUUAUUAUUCUGCUAUUUUUAUAUUUAUGGCAGCAGUAUGGAUACCAAUGAUAAUAAAAACGUAUAAAUCUCGAAACGAUGUCAGUAUAUUAAUGAAGAAUAUAUCUCACAUAGCAGCCUUAACCGAAGCUAUUUUUAAUUCAAUAUUGUGCAGAAUUAAAAAACGACAACUGCAGAGUCUGUUGAUGAGUAUCGAAAAAUUUAUGGAAAUCUCAAAAUAUCGUGAAAGAAUCGUUCUACAGAAAUAUGUAAACCGUUAUGCAAUGUUUAUAUCGACUGUUGCAAUAUCCUUCUUUGUAGCAGGAAUCACUGUCAUUUUCUCUCCGUUAUUUUUAUCUCAAGAAUUUCCUUUAGAUGUGUGGUAUCCGUUUUCGACAGAAUCAUUGUUACGAAAAUUUAUUCUCUAUAUUAUGCAAAUAUUUACAAUCACACAGACUGUCUUCUGCCUUGAUGUAGAUAUCAUGAUUGCUGUCAUCUUAUUCUAUUCUACAGUUAAAUUAGAGAUAUUGGCUUCCGAAGUGGAACAAGCUACUAAUGAAAUUGAUAUCAUAUCAUGCAUUAGAAAACAUCAGGAAAUAAUAAAGUAA